AUGGCCACGGUAGCGGCGUCCUACGACCAGCUGGCCCACCAGGUGCAGGCCCUCCGCAAGGAGAACUCCCACCUGCGGCGUGAGCUGGAGGACAACUCCAACCACCUGUUCAAACUGGAGAACGAGACCUCAGAUAUGAAGGAGGUGCUGAAGCAGCUCCAGACUAAACUGGACCAGGAGGCGGGAACACUGGCCUCCUCGGGGCGGACCGACGUCCUGGACCAGCUCAAAGAGCUUCACAUGGACCUGACCAACUACUACGAGCUGAAGACCCGCCCCGCCCCGCCCCCCCUCACCCCGCCCCCCUCUGCCCUGUUGAGGGGCCCGCUGCGCCCCCCCUCCUCCUCCUCCUCCCGGCAGAACACUGUCCCCGACGACGCCCUCCUGGACGGAGCCCCGCCCAUGGCCGCCCUGAUUGGUGGAGACGGACGAAUGAAUGAGCAGCAUGUGGAGGAGCUGUACCGUGAAAAGAGGCUGCUUCUGAGCGAGAUGGAGCGGGAGGAGCGGGAGAGGUGCUGGUUCUACAGCGAGCUGCAGGGACUAACACAGAGGCUCGCACAAUUACCGCAAAUCGACACGUUCUCCAUCCAGAUGGACCUGAUCCGGCAGCAGCUGGAGUUCGAGGUGCAGCAGGUGCGCUCCGUCAUGGAGGAACGCUUCGGGACCAAUCAGCUCACGGUGCAGAGGACCCAGAUGCGUGUGGGUCGUCUUGAACAGCUGGAAAGAGAGCUUCAAGAAGCCAGAGAGAACCAGGAGCUGCAGCUGUGCGGUGCGGAGUCGCCCCCUGGCGGCGAGACAGAGAACAGCACGUCGGCCGCCGCCGCCGCCGAGACGGCCGGGGACAGCGGGAGCAAGGUGGAGAUGGUGUUCUGGCUCCUCUCCAUGAUGGCCAACCGGGACAAGGAGGAGCUGUCGCGGGCGCUGCUGGCCAUGUCCAGCUCCCAGGAGAGCUGCGUAGCCAUGCGCCGCUGCGGCUGCGUGCCGCUGCUGGUGCAGAUCCUCCACCAGGGGCCGGACGGGGGGGCGGACGGGGGCCCGGGCGGGGGCCCCGAUGGGGGGCCGGACGGCUGCAGCCGCGAGGCGCGGUCCCGGGCCAGCGCCACGCUCCACAACAUCAUCUACUGCCAGGCGGACGAGGGCCGGGCGCGCCGCGAGAUGAGGGUGCUGCACAUGCUGGAGCAGAUCCGCUCGCACUGCGACUCGGGCUGGGAGUGGAUCCACAGCCACCGGGCCGCCCCCACGCCGGGGGGCACCCGGGCCAGCGACAUCCCGGAGCCAGUGGACCCUCAGAUCUGUCAGGUGACCUGCGCUGUGAUGAAGCUCUCCUUCGAAGAGGAGUACCGCCGUGCCAUGAACGAGCUGGGCGCCCUGCAGGUGGUGGCUGACCUGCUCCACCUGGACCAGGAGACGUACGGGAUGCUCAACGACCCCAUCAACCUGGCGCUGCGGCGCUAUGCCGGCAUGGCGCUCACCAACCUCACCUUCGGGGACGUGGCCAACAAGGCCACGCUGUGCUCCAAGCGGAGCUGCCUGGCGGCGCUGGUGGCCCAGCUGGAGUCGGACAGCGAGGAGCUCCACCAGGUGGUCUCCAGCAUCCUGAGGAACCUGUCCUGGAGGGCCGACAUCAGCAGCAAGAGGGUUCUGAGGGACAUGGGCAGCGUCCCGGCCCUCAUCAGCUGCGCCCUGCAGGCCACCAAGGAGUCGACCCUGAAGAGCCUGCUCAGCGCGCUGUGGAACCUGUCCGCCCACAGCGUGGAGAACAAGGUGUCCAUCUGCUCCGUGGACGGGGCGCUGGGCUUCCUGGUGUCCACCCUGACCUACCGCUGCCAGACCAACUCCCUGGCCAUCAUCGAGAGCGGGGGGGGCAUCCUGCGCAACGUGUCCAGCCUCAUCGCCACGCGCGACGACUACCGACAAGUGCUGCGGGACCACAGCUGCCUGCAGACGCUGCUGCAGCACCUGCGCUCCCACAGCCUGACCAUCGUCAGCAACGCCUGCGGGACCCUGUGGAACCUGUCGGCGCGCAGCCCCCGCGACCAGGAGCUGCUGUGGGACCUGGGGGCCGUCAGCAUGCUGCGCAACCUCAUCCACUCCAAGCACAAGAUGAUCGCCAUGGGCAGCGCGGCCGCCCUGCGGAACCUGCUCUCCAACCGCCCCUUCAAGUACAAGGACGCGGCGGUGGUCUCGCCGGGCUCCUGCGUGCCCUCGCUCUACAUGAGGAAGCAGAAGGCGCUGGAGGCGGAGCUCGACGCCAAGCACCUCUCCGAGACCUUCGACACCCUGGACAAGCCCAGCCCCAAGCACCUGGGCCUCCACAAGCCCCUCCGCCACAUGGAGAGCCUGGCCCGGGACUACGCCUCCGACUCGGGCUGCUUCGACGACGACGAGGCCCCCAACCUGUCCAGCAGUCUGGACACGGGCAGCUUCUCCCGGCUCUCCAUGUUCCUCGGUAACUCCAACUUCCUCCAAGCGGGAAGGAAAGACAACGAAGCCGAACGGGAGGCGGAGCCGUCUCACGGCGGCGACAGGAGGCACACGUCUCACGACCACGUGGUGUCCGCCGCCGCCGAGACGCUCGCCAAGAAGAUCACCAACACCGUGGCCAAGAUCGACCGCCUGGUGGACGACAUCACCAUGCACACCUCGUCGGAGGACAGCUUCAGCCUCAGCUCCGAGGACCCCUUCGCCGACUGGCCCUACGGGAUGGACGAGCUGAACGAGGCGCGGGCCAAGUCCUGCUCGCCCUGCCACCUGUCGGACACCAGCAGCCUGGCCCACAGGGAGCGGCUGGGCCGGGCCCACGCCCUGAUCCGCCUGAAGGCCGCCCACACCAGCCUGUCCACCGACAGCCUGAACAGCGGCAGCACCAGCGACGGCUACUGCGGCAGUAGAGACCAGAUCGCCUCCCCAGCCGCCGCGGCCACCCUGCAACACAAGAGGCCCAGUCAGCUGGAUCUCAAGGUCAUUCAUCAGGAAUAUGCUAAUCAUCAGCCAUAUGCUAACCAUCUGGACCGUCCCAACCCGCUCAAUGUUCCAGAGAGAGAUUCUGUGGACAACAAAGAGCUCAAAGCUUGUGAUGCUAGCAGUGUAGAGCAGGAGCUGGCAGCUCACACCCCGACCAGCGUCUCAACUAAACUCUCCUCCGACGUCAGCAUGGCCUCCAUCAAGCUCUCCCCCUCCUAUCAACACGUUCCUCUGAUUCACAGCGGGGCUAAAUUUGGUGCAGCGAAGACGACGGUGCAUGUGCAGGCCACCCAGGCCGUUAGGAGGCAGGCCUGGGUUCCUAGCGUGCUCACAGGGGGGAGUCUCACCAAGUUCCCUCCCCUUGGCCCGGCCCGGAGCCCCAUCAUCGGCCCCCUGGAGACGGUGCAGAAGUACUCGGUGGAGAACACGCCCAUCUGCUUCUCGCGCUGCAGCUCGCUGUCCUCGCUGUCCUCCGGGGAGGGGCCGCUGGACGGACAGAGCCAGAGCGACAACGAGCUGGAGAGCGACUCGUCGCUGGAGAUCAUCGAGGUGGAGGACGGAGAAGAGGUGGUGAAGACGACCGCAGAAGACGAAACCUUGGAAGAUCUCAGCGACAGCCAGCUGCUAGUGACCGACUCCAAAACCUUCCCCGGGAAGGACGAGCUCCUGACCGAUCCCACGGAGAUACCGUCCAAACAGGAGAAGGAGUACUCCCGCGGCGCGUCGCCCACCCUGCUGGAGGACCGCUCUCCGUCCAGCUCCUCUGAGAACUACAUCCACGAGACGCCGCUGGUCAUGAGCCGCUGCAGCUCCCUCAGCUCUCUCGGGAGCUUCGACUCUCCGUCCAUCGCCAGCUCCAUUCAGAGUGACCCGUGCAGCGAGAUGAUCGAUGGAACCAUCAGCCCCAGCGACCUCCCCGACAGUCCGGGUCAGACCAUGCCGCCGAGCCGGAGUAAGACCCCCUGCUGUGUGGAGCCGAACCCUGCGGACACGCAGGGCGGCGGCGUGCCGUGGGAAAGCAGCCUGCGCAAGUUCCUCGAGAUCGCAGACUUCAAAGAGAGGUUCAACCUCCCUCCUGACCUGGACACCAUGAUCUACUUCACUGUGGAGAAGCCCACAGAGAACUUCUCGUGUGCGUCGAGCCUGAGCGCCCUGCCCCUGCAUGAGCACUACGUCCAAAAGGACGUGGAGCUGAAGCUCACUCCUCUGCUGCAGCAAAGCGACAGAAACCCUCCGCUCGCCGAUGACGACGCAGCGGACCGGGAGGAACGCUCUAGCGAGGCGACCUCCGACGACGACAUAGAGAUCCUGAAAGAAUGCAUCAACUCGGCGAUGCCGUCAAAGUUCCGCAAGGUCCGGCCGUCGCUGAUGGCCAGCAUCCCACCUCAUCUUCUAAACUCUCAGAGCAAGACACAGAUGCAGCUGCCGGUCUACAUGAUGGUCCCACACUCCAGUGGCCAGAGGUCCUCUGGGAGGAGGGUCGUCAUGACGCAGAAGGAGAUCACACUCGACGACUCGUCCUUCACCGACUCUGCAGAAGGGACUCCGGUCAACUUCUCCAGCACCACGUCUCUGAGUGACGAGACUCUUCAGUAUCCGGUGAAGGAGAAGGGAGCCAAGGACUGGAGGGCCAGAGACACCGGGAGCCAGGACAUGGUGGACGACGAGGCCAAGAGGAUCGACGACUUGAGGAAGUUCUCUUACUUCCAUAAGAACAAUCGGGUGAACUCCCAACCCAACGUACAAGUCAACCAGACGAGCAAAACUACGAAGCACGUCAUCCAAACUCAGAAAUUGCUGAUGCAGAGUAAAGAAGUGACUGACAGAGUGACCAAUCAGAGGAACCGUGAUCAGUCGCCCAAUCAGCAGCGGCCACGACAGGGGCAAGUCCUGGCACUUCCUGUCAUACAAAACCCUGAGAUGAUCCAAACAUCCCACACUAAAGAAGACGUCUACUGCUACAAUGACCAGAAGGAACGAGAAGAGCGGUUCACCAAACGACCUGGGAGAAGGCAGACAAGGGAAGCGAGCAGAAACACUCUCUCCCGGAGCAUGACCAACGUCGGCAGAACAGAGCCGCAGAGCGAGCCCAAAGGCUUCCACAGGAUCAAGCAGAACCUGAUGAAGAGCGACUCGCCAUCGUGCUACUCCCUCAGCACCUCUCUGAGCUCCCUCAGCGACGCAGAGUUUGAGGAGCACCAGAGCAAACCACAGCAGAUCUGGACCAAGACUAGACACAACAAAACCAACCCGACGGGGCUCUCCCGGCCCACGGCCUUCCACAGCCCGUACGAGGCGCAGAGCUCGCCCAGCUCCGUGAGCCUGGACUCCGAGGACGACCUCCUGCAGAGGUGCAUCACGUCCGCCAUGCCCAAGCAGAGGAGGAAGAUGGCCGCCAGGAAGAAGAAGGCAGAGAAGAAUCAGAAUCAAAAGAACAACACGCAGAAGUUCAUCUGGAACAUGGAUCAGGACUCUGACAGUGACGACCUGGCGUCCGACAAAGACUCAGACCUCAACAGUGUGGAGUGGAGAGCGAUACAAGAAGGAGCAAACUCUGUGGUCACAGGAUUGAUGGCAUCCAAGUCACAGGAGCCUUCCUCCGAAGAGACAGAAUCCGUCCUUUCGUUCAUGUCCACGUCCAGUUUUACACCCAAGGAAAAGACGUUUGCCAAAGACAAAAAGCCCAACAAACCUCUGGACUUUGCUCAUCGCAAACCGGUUGCAAACCUGCCUGUGGUGUUCAGAGGAAGAACAGUGAUCUACACUCCUAAAAAAGAGACGACCCUCUCCCAAAGGCCCCCUCCAAACAAAGUGUCAACAAGGCCAGACGCUCCCAAGAACCCGCAGCUCGCCCAACACCGCUCCAAGAGCCUCCACCGCCUGGGACAGCCCCAGGAGAUGGAGUGGUCCCUCCCCAAGAGGAGCUCCACUCCUCCACCCAGGAUUCCAAAGAGCUCUUCUUCUGGUUCCUCACAAAGCUCUACUCUGUCUAAACACUCCCAGAGGAAGAUCACCUCUCCGAUUCAAAUCAAUAAAUGUGUUCCUAAGAAGAACGCCACACCAUCAAGUAGUCCUCCUGCUACGAGUCCUCCGGAGAGGAAGGGUCGCUCCCCUGUCCCGAGUCAAGAGCAAAAGUCCACCGCACAUAAAACACAGAAGUCUCCGGUUCGAAUCCCAUUCAUGCAGAGCUCAAGGCAAACUAGAGCCAUAUCCCCGUUGGUAACCAACCAGCCGACCAAUGUGAGCAGACCUAACAGCCAUGUGACAGGGAAACGACCUCCUCCAGCCAAUCGGCUGGACCUGGUCCGGAUGACCUCGGCCCACUCGGGUGGAACUGAGACCGAUCGAAACGGGUUCCUCAGACAACUGACGUUCAUCAAGGAGUCCAAAACCCUCAUGAGGCGCGAGGGCACCGCGCACUCCGCUCCCCCGGCCCAGAGCUCCUCUCGCAGAGGGCGUCCCGCCGCCGCCGCCGUCUUCCUCUGCUCCUCUCGCUGCCAGGAGCUCAAGGUGGCAGUUCAGGGGCCGAGGAGGACGCCGGCUAAGGGUCCGGCCCCCAAGACAGUCCAUCCGGACCCCAGCCGUCUGAAGCAGAGUCCGGCCGCCACGAGGGCCGGCUCCGGGGAGCGGGAAGCCUCGGCCAGGCGUCCGCCCCGGAGGACCAGCUCGGAGAGUCCCUGCAGGGCGGCGCAGCGGCCCGGGCCGGCCAGGGGGUCUGCUGCCAGGCAGCAGCAGCAGGACACCUUCAAACGGCACGCCUCCUCUCCCAGUAUCAACGUACUGAGCCGGGUCACCAGCCGCUCGUCGGUCCGGUCUUCCUCCUCAGACUCCAGCGGGCGAGCCAAGAGCGAAGACGACACCAAGAGGAGGGGGUCGCGGCCGAACCACAGGGUCACCUGGAGGAGGAUUAAGGACGAGGAUGUGCCGCAGAUCUUGAAGACCACUCUGCCGGCGACGGCGCUGCCUCUCGCACCUUCUCCCGAGGAGAAGCCCAAGUCUGCGGCCAUGCCAGGGAAGCUGCCCACCAUCAUCCUCGCCUCACGAAAAACAAGCGACGCAACCGUCCAGACGGAAGACUUCUCCGGUAAGACCCACUCGAGCUCCUCCCUCAAGGCCGAGGCAACGCCCUCUGAGGACGGCUCUGGUCUGUCCACGCUGUGGAAGGCCGGGCCAGGAGGGGUCCUCCAGGAAGGGGACUCGGAUGGACCCCCGCGGGGCCACAGCUCCGUCUCCACGGGAACCCCCGACAGCUUCACGUCCGGAGGGGUGCUCUUCCGUCAGGGGUCCCCCAGUAAGUCUGCCAGAGUCACCCCGUUCAACUACACGCCUAGCCCCAUGACCUGCAGUACCCAGGAGCCCCCCGCCACACCCAGCGGCCAGAAGACCGGGGAGAAGGCUGAGGCGUAG